CUGGGAGUCAGAACUUCCGGGCUGGUUCCUGGCUAUUCCACACAUACUGAUACCCUGGGACAACAGUGUGAUCCUAGAGAGAAUCCCAGAGCUGAAGGGGACCCUGCAGAUCACUUCUUUGGGCCCUUUAUUUGAUUUGAGAUAGAAGAAACAAACCCAAACAAAGGUGUCUGAUAUGCUUACUUUGAAAUCUAACCUAGCGGUGAUGCCAAUUGCUAGUUUAGACACAACAGCUGUGUGUCUUUUUGCAGGAGCCUGGGGAGGGGCCAUGGUGCCAAGCCAAUUCUGGGGGACUCUGGAGAAGCCGCUUCUCUUCCUGUGUUGCACCUCCUUCCUCCUGGGGCUGGCUUUGCUGGGGAUACGGCCGGACAUCGCCCCUGUUGCUUAUUUCUUUCUCACCUUGGGUGGCUUCUUUUUGUUGGCCUGCCUCCUGGCCUGUGUUUUGGAAUGGGGGUCUCGAUCAGUGCAGACCGAGAGCCCAGGGGCCUCAAGCAAUGCACGGGACAAUGAAGCCUUUGAGGUGCCAACCUACGAAGAGGCCACAGUGUUGGAAUCACAGUGCCACCCCCCAGGGGCGGAUCAACCACCCUCCUACACCAGUGUUGUAAUCCCCCCAGAACUUGAGGUGAGACAGCCUAGCCAUCCAGAGGAGCCCAGGAGAGCCAGACUGGACAGGCGAGUGGGCUCAGAGGGGUCUGUGAUCUCAGGAAGCCCUGGAAGACCUCCAGUCAGCCUGCGGCUUCGGGGACCACGAGUUGCGUCCACUGUUCCUGAUCUGCAGAGCUUGUGGGCGCCCCCCAAAUUGGAACCUCUUACUCCACCCCCUGCCUACGAUGUCAGCUUUGGUCACCUCGAUGAUGAUGUUUUCUAUGGAAACAACUGGACACCCCACUAAAGGACUUUCCCAGGAUAUGUCGUCUUUCUGCACCAGACCCAGUCAUUCAUUCGAACAGUGCUUCCCAGUGCCUGUUAUGUGUCAGGAACUGUGUCUCCACCUGGAUGUCACAAAUGAUGACUUUAACCCAGAGGGGAGUGAGGCUAUGGUGAGCCCUUCCCAGUUUUACAGUGGCACAUCCCAGGGAUGUAGGCGGCACAAUUUGAGUCUUCAGGCAAUAUUCAGUGACCUACCCCAUACCUGGUAUUUCCAGAGUUAGACUGAGGGUGAGAUGAGGAGAUUCCAGAGAAUCUAGUGAAGGAAGAAAAGAAACAAUAUCUGAGUGACAGCUCUGUUGCUUCUGUUCCAGGUGCUUUGCCUCUAUUAGAUCACAAAAAUGAGGUAUUAUUGUCCUCAUUUGAAAAACGAGGAUCCUAAGGGUCAGAAAAAAUUGAUAAUUUGCACAGGGGCACACUGCUAGUAAAUAACACACAAAUGUCUUGAAUUCUGCUCUUCUGAUCCCAUAGCCCUUGUGUUUUCAAUACAAGGCAACAGAAGCCAGUUCAUGCACACAUCUCUCAAUUUCUGUCUUGGUCAAUGGCUGGUGAGGGGUAGAAGACUUCGUGUAGACAGAAUGGGGGACCAGCUGUGUCUGCAGACAAGGAGUGCUGAGUGGGACCAGGAGUGUGCCCAGCCUCCUAGAGGAGCAGAGCUGAUCAAAACUGUGAUGGCCCCUGCUCCAGAUGGGAAAUUCCUGCCCCGGGGGGCUAGACAGCAGUCCCCAGUGCAGGAUCCCAUCCUAUCUAGAAGCAGUGGAGUAAACUGCCCCAGGGGUAGGGACAUCUGUUUCUGAGGAUGGGUGGAUAUGAUGGUCAGAAAAGAGAAAACCCGAGGUCCUUUGCGAGGGGUGGUGGAGCAUCUAAGGAUCCCUCUUGCAUCAUCUAUUAUGAAGCACUGGAAACACUUGCACUGUCUGCAAUAGCUUCAGCCUCACCCCUGCGCCUGACCCCGCUGGGUUUUACCCGAGGACCCCCUGCCCUGUUUCCUCAGAUCCAAACAGAACACCAGCUUCUCUAAUCAUGUGCUGUGCCUGUGAUGCAGGUUUGAGCCAACCAUCGCUGACCCACGCUCAUUCUUUACGCGGGUAUCUGUCUAGCGCCUUCUAGUUCUGUCCUUGUCCUCCUUACCCUGGUCCCAACAGUUAACUUUAAUAAAGUGAAAA